AUGCAGCUCCUUCAAUCCCUCUCCGCGGGCCUGCUGCUCGCCGGCAGCUGCCUCUCCCUGGCCGGUGCCCGCUCCAUUCCCCAGGCCAAGGGUCUCGCCGUGCGCCAGACCCCCCAGAAGAUCGCCCCCAAGGUCUUUAUCAUGUCCAUGUUCGAGCCCGAAGCCGCCAUCUGGUGGGGCAUUCCUGAGUUCGACCUGCUCGCCCACAACAUCACCAUCCCCGGUGCUUCUCCCCUCUUCCCGGAUGUCCACUGUACCGCCGACUACAGCAUCUGCCAGCUCGUCACCGGCGAGUCGGAGAUCAACGCCGCCGUCACCGUCUCCUCCAUCAUCUUCAACCCUCUCUUUGACCUGACCAGCACCUACUUCCUCAUCGCCGGUAUCGCCGGUGUCAAUCCCGAGGAGACCACCAUCUGCAGUGUGACUUUCGCCCGCUAUGCCGUCCAGAUCGCCCUGCAGUACGAGAUUGACAUCCGCGAGAUGCCCGCCAACUCCACCACCGGCUACUUCCCCCAGGGCUCCUACUACCCCUGGCAGUACCCCGGUAACAUCUACGGCACUGAGGUGUUCGAGGUGAACGACAACCUGCGUAAGCUGGCCGUGGCCUUUGCCAGCAAUGCCACCCUGGCCGACAGUGACACCGCCAAGGCCUACCGUGCCAACUACGCCACUGCUGAUGGCAUCUACGCCGCGGGUGCGGCCGCCCCCUCCGUCGUCGAGUGUGAUGUGGCUACCAGCGACGUCUACUACAGCGGCAACAUCCUGGGUGAGACCUUCUCCAACUUCACCACCCUCCUGACCAACGGCACCGGCAACUACUGCGCCAGCGCCCAGGAGGACAACGCCAGUCUGGAGGCGCUGCUCCGCGCGGCCAAGUUCAACAUCACCGACUUCUCGCGGAUCAUCGUCAUGCGCACCGCCUCGGACUUUGACCGUCCCUACCCCGGCGAGUCUGCGCGGGAGAACCUGCUGUACGCGUCCACGGGCUCGUACGAGCCGUCCGUGCAGAACCUCUACAACGCCGGUGUCAAGAUUGUCGAGGGUAUCCUCAACAACUGGAACAGCACCUUUGCUGCCGGUGUCAAGCCCAGCAACUACAUCGGUGACAUCUUCGGCACCCUGGGUGGUACCCCUGACUUUGGCCCGGGUCGCUACGAGUCCCUGGUGGAUGCGGGUGUGUUGAAGAAGCGUGGUGUGUCGAAGCGCUCCAUGCGGGGGUUGUAA